AUGGUCCCUUAUGUCGUACCAACGGAUGAACAGGUCGGAUGGUGCGUAGCACUGGGCUUGCAGGUCGCUUUUACUCAUCAGCACGGCCAUAGUGGAAAGGCGGAAAUGAAAAACCACAGUCCAAGCUCCCGGACUGGAUUUGGACUGAGACUUCAAGCCUCAGUUCAAGGAGCCUGCUGGCAAGGCCUGAAUCUUAUGGCGUCAACUACAAUUACCUAUACCGACUCUUGA